AUGAAGAACUUCUUUCAACACAUCAAAUUCAAAUACGACAUUGAAACAUGUAUCACACUGAAGCAUUAUAGCAAAGAAAAACAAAAGCUGGCAAAACAAAAACAAAGAUUAAUUUACCUACUUACCUGCAGAGACUAUGGAUUAACACCUAAACAUCUUACCAAUACUACAAUAAAGUUAAGUCAACUCUUCACUACGCAAAGAAUAUUAAAUCAAGUAAGCAAAAUAGAACAAAAACUUCACACUAAAAUUCUAAAUCUAGAAAUAACACAAACUAAUCUGACCAUUAAGACAAUAGAAAAGAACAUAAUCCACACAAACAAUAAAAUCAAAUCUAUACUCAAUGAAUAUGAAUACAAAACAUUUACCACCAAACAAACAUAUUUAUUCAAUUCCAUCACAGCAAAAACAAAAUUAACACAUUCAUCAAAAAUUGAUAAACUUAAAGAAAAAUUAGUUAACCAAAUUGGUAUAACGUUUAACGAAGAAUGGUUUGUCAAUAAAACAGAUAUAGAGUUUCCGAACGAAGUAAAGUGGUUACUUUCAUUGGGAAACAAAUUCGCUUUACCCAUCACUUCAACAAAUUUCUCACCGAUCCAUAUUAUAGCCGACAUUGAACAAGCUAUCCAAUCAAUAGAAGAUGAUUCAGAAAAAGAUGUUUCUAGAUCGAAAAUUGCUAAUAAAAUAUCAGACUAUAAAAGAAGAUUUAAGAAUACACAAAAAGAAAGGUUCAUUUUAAAAGUACACAAAACAACAACACAAUUUCUAAACAAUCAUAAAAACACCAUUAUAGUUACAAAAGCCGACAAAGGAAACAAAACGGUUAUAAUGUACAAAAAAGAUUAUUUUGAUAAAAUGAACACACUACUUGAAGACAAAAAUACAUACAAAACAAUAAGAGUUGAUCCAACACAAAAAUUACAAGCAACAAACAACACACUAGUAAAUGAAUUGUUCAAAAAUGAAUACAUUGACCGUUUCCAAAAAAACAAAUUACAUUGUUCAGCAUCUAUUGCUCCAAGACUAUACGGUCUCCCAAAAAUUCAUAAACCAGGUCUUCCACUUCGUCCAAUAUCAUCCUCAAUGAACGUACCUUGUUACAGUCUGUCCAAAUACAUCGGAACAGUUAUAAGAAACAUCGUAUCAGAAAACUAUAACAUAAAAAAUUCGUUCCAACUCCAAGAGAAAUUAAAAGAUAUAACUUUAGAUGAUGAUGAUGUUAUGGUAUCUUUUGAUGUUAUUUCUCUAUUUACAAACAUACCUACAUAUUUAGCCAUAAAAAACAUAUUAAAAGAGUGGAACAUAAUAAAAGACCACACAAAAAUACCGAAAACAAAAUUCCUCAAACUUCUUGAAUUUUGUCUAAGAGACAACAAUUAUUUUCAAUUCGAUGAAAAAUUCUAUUCCCAAACAUACGGAAUGCCGAUGGGAAAUCCGCUUUCUCCAACAGUAGCGGACAUCAUUCUUGACAAUCUUCUCGAUGACACCAUUGAACAUCUCAAUAAAAUAGGCAUAAAAAUGAAAUUCAUUGCAAAAUAUGUUGAUGACAUUUUUGCAAUCAUCAAAUUAAAGGACAUAGACACAAUUCUCAACCAGCUUAAUUCAUAUCAUAACAAGAUACAAUUCACAAUAGAAAACGAACACAACAAUAGCCUUCCAUAUCUUGACUUAUUAAUACAUCGAGAAAAUAACCAAAUAAUAUACAACUGGUAUGCAAAAGAAACUGCAUCAGGGCGAAUGAUUAAUUUUCACUCAAAUCAACCAACAAAACAAAAAAUAAAUACAGCGCAAAAUUUUAUCAACAAAGUCUUAGAUCUGAGUGACAAGAGAUUUGAAACAGACAAUAUAAGAAAAAUAAAAACAAUUCUAAAACUAAAUGACUACCCAAACUACAUUAUCAAUAACCUCUUUAAAUCAAGAACAGAAAAAUUAAAAACAAACCUAAACAAUAACAACAACAAUAAUACAAUAACAAAAUCCAACAACAAUACAAAAAAGUUUUUCUCGGUACCAUAUGUGCCCAAGCUCACUGACAACAGAAGCUUACAUCAAAUUAUACAAAAAGAAAAUAUAUCAUUUGCACACAAAUCAAAUUUCACGCUCAAACCAAUAUUUACAAACACAAAAUCAAAAAUACAAAAACAACAACAACAUAAUGUAGUUUAUGAAAUUAAAUGUAAUGGAAAAAAGAAUGAAAACUGUGAUUUAGUAUACAUAGGACAAACUAAGAGAAAUUUAGCAACGAGAUUAGCGGAACACGAAGCUGAUAUAAGAAAACAUAAAGAGACAACAGGGCUUUCACAGCACAUAACAACAAGCGGACACACGGUGGACUUCAAAAAUGUAACAAUACUGGAUAGAGAGCGCAAACUAAACACAAGAUUAACUCUGGAGAGUCUUAGAAUCCAACAACAAAUAAAGAGAACAAUGAACACAAAAGAAGACACCGAUAGCAUUAAACAAAGCUAUGCUGUAGCAAUUUAAUUAAAGUACCUGAUACCCAGCUGUGAUAUAAGUGUCAUAUUUGAAUUUUGCCGUCUCCGGGAUUUUUGCAAUAGGAGCAGAAGGGAAGCAAAUUAUACAUUAUGUUUUAGAAUAGUUAAAUAAGAAAGAAAAAAUAUUUGAAUGUAUUAAAUUAUUAAAUUGAACUUAUACAAAAUUAUACCAUCUAAUAGAUUGAAUAAAUACCCCUGAUGAAGUAAGGAAGCACUUACGAAACGUUGGGAAAAUAAUGGGAUAAAUUUGUUUUUAUUCGCAUUUUCUUUAUGUGGACCAAAACAGCCUAACAACAGUGGAAUAAUUACAUUAAAAAAUUGGUCAAAUUUAACAAAUAAUAUUAAUUCAUCGGAAGGCCCGCCGAAUUUACCAUCUUUAUAUAUAUUCAAUCAACAACAAAUUUACAAUGAAGAACUUCUUUCAACACAUCAAAUUCAAAUACGACAUUGAAACAUGUAUCACACUGA